AUGGGGAGGUUGCCCUGCCUGAUGGGGCUGCUGACCUUGCUGAUGUCCUCUGCUGCCCCGCCGGUGCCUCCCGCUCCGGGCAGCCCCCUGUCAGACGGGGAGUACCAGCUCUUCUUUGCCAGCCUGCAGCCCCCCUGGAAGGCAGAACUGUCCUGCCGGCUGCGCCAGGCGCGCGGCUGCCUCAGCCCCGCCGUCCUGCAGCGGGACCAGGAGGAGAACCACGGCCGCGUCCCCGGAGGGCCAGUCUGCUCUGACUUCCCAGAGGCACCGUGGUUUCAGACCUUCUGCCAGUUCGCCCAGUACCGCUGCUUCAAACGCCAGUUCUACGCCAAGCGAAUCCCGUGUCCGAGUUCAUCUCCUCCGAAAAACCUUCUCCUCCCGACGGAGCAGCCCCACGUUGUGGUCUUCUGGACAAGGGGCAAAAGCCCCCCUAUGGAAGAAGGUACGGCUUCUCUCUUGCCCGCCGAUGCCCUGCUGCGCGCCAACGUGGAUGCUCUCCUGAAGUACUCCUACGCACUGUCGGGUCAGAAACCGGUGCCGAAGAAUCUCCCCCUGCCCACCCCGGGGGUGCCGAGACCCCCGCAGGGCAGGGGGCUGCCUGUGCUCCCACCGACCCUGCCGGUGCCGGCUGUCCCUGCCUCCUCUCCUCCCAGGCUGGGAUUCCCUGCCCAGGAGGAGCAAACCUGGGAGCAACGCCUGCGGAACAGCGUCUGGCAGCUGAUCCGCUUGGCCCUCUCCUUGGAGACGUCCUUGGGCACCGAGGGCUCUUCUCCGGACUCCAGCAGCAAGUCAGACCCAGGGAGCACGUCAGGGAGCACCGAGGAGGGGGUGCAGGAUACGGCCCCCCCCGGCAGCCUUUUAGCCCUGAAGAAGGACGAGGCAGUGAUAAUCCUGUGCUACGCAAUACUGGAGGGAAACUGCCUCUCGUCGGUGGUCACCCAGGCCUGGAAGGAGGUGGAAGAAAGAGUCCUUGGGUUCGGAGAUUCGGUGUGCGACAGCCUUGGGCGGCAUCACGCAGACCUGUGCCCUGACUGCGCUUUCUGCUCGCUCAAGAGGGAGCAGUGUCUGAACAUCAGAAACCUGAACCGCGUUCACUGCCGGACAGGCAGCUUCACCGCCUACAUCAACCCCCAGAUCUCAGCCCAGCACCGGGCUGCGGGCAACGAGACCAGCUCCCCAGAGACCUCGGGGUACUAUGGCAUGGAGGUUUUCAGAGGGCUGAGGAUGGAGUACUGGUGCAGCCGGAUUGCCACCCACGGCUGUGAGGACCCUCGUGUGACCCUCUGGCUGGAGGCAGAGUACGCUGCCUUCCAGGAUGGAGAUGCCCCAAGCCAGAUAUGCGACUCAGACAGACUUCAGCACCCCAACUACUGCGUGUUCAAGAGCCACCAGUGUCUCCAGCAGAGCCUCUACAACCAGAGGGUGUCUCGCCGCGGCUGCCACAGAAAGGAGACGUACCGGGUGCUGAGUGAGGAGGAGGGAGAGGAGGAGGUGCGGCUCUGGCGUCAGAGGUUCCUCAGCCUCACCAAGGGGUGA